AUCCAGACUGCAUGCAGUUUGGUAUUAAAAUGUUUCCAGUACCACGAACCAUUGUGUUGUUACACAUUUGAGAUGACAGAUCCGCGCUGAGCUGCUCGAACCGGCCGGAACCUCCCGUCGAUCACCUGGACUGACGCCACAGACCGCUGACGACCUCACAGCUGUUAUUGUCCAGGUUGUGUGUCCCCCCCCCCUCCUCCUCAAAAAAAAAGUGCAGCGCUCCGGUGGGCUAGAGACGCCAGCUAACGUUUCAGGCAGGUCGGACGGCGGCGAGGCCCCAACCGGGACGGGAGCGCGGGGGAACCAUGGCCAACAUCGCGGUUCAGAGGAUAAAACGGGAAUUCAAAGAGGUCCUCAAAAGCGAAGAGACGAGCAAAAACCAGAUAAAGGUGGAUCUGGUGGAUGAGAACUUCACAGAACUCAAAGGGGAAAUAGCAGGACCACCUGACACACCAUAUGAAGGGGGUAGAUAUCAACUAGAAAUUAAAAUUCCAGAGACGUAUCCAUUCAAUCCACCCAAGGUGCGGUUUAUCACAAAGAUCUGGCAUCCAAACAUCAGCUCAGUCACCGGUGCAAUAUGUCUGGACAUUCUCAAAGACCAGUGGGCGGCAGCUAUGACUCUGAGGACAGUUCUCUUGUCACUACAAGCCUUAUUGGCAGCUGCAGAACCAGAUGACCCACAGGACGCAGUAGUAGCCAAUCAGUACAAGCAGAACCCGGAGAUGUUCAAACAGACAGCGAGGCUCUGGUCUCAUGUCUAUGCAGGAGCUCCCGUCUCUAGUGCAGAGUACACACGCAAAAUAGACAAACUCUGUGCCAUGGGCUUUGAAAGAAAUGCAGUAAUAGUGGCGUUGUCGUCGAAAUCCUGGGAUGUGGGGACAGCAACAGAGCUACUGCUCAGUAACUGAAUCUCACACCCCCUCCAUCUUCCUCUUGAUCCCUCUCUUCCCCACUUCACACAUACACACCCUCUUCUCCUCCAAAUCCCAGCUGUCUGAAGGCCCGUCUCUUCCACCUCUGUUUCACAGUGGAAUCCUCACCUUCACACACCCCCCCCUCUCCUCCAUCCCUCUCUCUCUCUCUCCCCCCUCUGUGUGGCAUCCCUCCUCCCUCCUCGUCACCUCUGCUGUAACUCACACACUCCAGUCGGUCGCUCUGUGAGCUCUUAUCUCUGGUUUCUUUAAGUCCAUUCAACAUUCCACUCAGCACUACAAUCAAAAGUCCAACCACAUCUCCACCCCCUUUGAAUUAAAUGCCAGACUUAAGACCCCACCCACACCUGUUAGUCUCCCGGCUUUUCUGGCUGUGUCCAAGAAGCGGCUGUCAGCAGCUUAUCUUUGCCUAUGCAGUGCAUUUUAUUUUCAUUUGUGGGAACCUUUUGUAGGAGAAAGUCAAGCCAUUCAGGGAGGCUCUUCUGGACCUGGACCUGAUUUUUACACACUUUGGUCUUGCUUUCUAAACAGGGGAUUAGCCGAGUCCUAGACUUUUAAACUGGUACCAGAGCUACCAUCACUCACACAUUAAUAACCACGCACUUUGGGCUACUCUAUGGUGGCAUAGGGUUCUCUAAACUUAGUAGUAAGUUUAAAUUUUACCAUCAUUGGUUUUUUUUGCGGCACGGUGGUGCAGUGGUUCACUCUGUCGCCUCACAGCAUGAAGGUUCGUGAAUGAGUGUAAAUGGUUGUUGUUCUCCAGGGUUUACCUGCCUCUCACCCAAUGUCCGCUGGGAUUGGAAUAGAUGAGUUUUUGAGGGCAGUAUAACAAUAUUUUUCUCAUAACAUUUGGACAUUAAACAAAAAAAUGGUGUUAAAGUAAAUCUAGCGCACCUAGUAGCAAAUAUGAAAUAUGAUUUUAUGACAGAGUCGGACGAAGCUUGUUCCCUGUUCUGUAAACCAGAUCAUAAAGUGGUACUGAGGUGUAGACAUACUCAUUUUCAUGCCACGUUUUCCCCACUUCAGCCGUCUGAUGAACCCAAAGCCCCCCCACUCCCUCCACCUGUACCUUUCCCCACAAUUUUUUUUAAAGGAAAUGAUUUGGUUUUGGUCGCCUCCCACAGGAAUUCAUUUGGAUUCUUGUUUUUAAACCAAGAGAAAACUAAACAAACAGAGAAAAAUAAUCAUGUUCAGCAGCAACACAACCCUACACAACCUGUCUGGAUGGGAAUCGUUCCAAACGAGUUUGAAAAAUAUUGCAUCAUCUAAACUACGGCAACAGAUAAAUAUGUCAAAAAUGAUUCAUCUGUAAAUAAAGAUAUUAAAGUCUGUGUAAAUUAAAUCCA